UUGACGCUUGGUUUCAUGUUUGUGAGACGAAAACGAAUGCUUUUUUGAAUUUUCUUCUGCGUUUGGAGGCGAUGGCUAUGGGCAUGGCGGUAGACACGGUAGGCGAGUUAGGCUUCCCUUACUGGACUCCUCUCCGUCGAAGAUUUCCUCCCGAUUCUCCCUUCUUUGCUUCCGGAAAUGUCGAGCGCGAACUACUUGCUAAACAGGUGGCAUUGGACGUAACAGAAGAUGAAAUCAACCAUUUACAUAAAUUUGUGGAAACUGAGAGCAGAAGAAUCUCGUGUCCCAUUGUUGGCUGCCCUGAGCGCCUGAAAUCUCUGGAAAAUUUUGAAGAUCACUAUAAGGCACGGCACACUGCUUCUUGUUCAGUAUGCUCAAGGGUCUACCCUACUUCUCGCCUACUAAGUAUCCACAUAUCCGAAGCACAUGACUCUUUCUUUCAAGCUAAAGUUGCUCGGGGCUAUGACAUGUACGAGUGCCUCGUAGAAGGGUGUGGAUUGAAGUUUAAGAACUACAAAGCACGCCAUCGACACUUAGUUGACAAACACAAGUUCCCAACGACGUUCGAGUUUUUCAAGAAGACUCAACUCUCAAAGAAGCAAAGAGAGAAACUUCAGAGGCGACGUGUAUCAAAGUUGAAACAUGAAGAAGAGAAAGAAGAAGCUUCGUCAGAUGCCAUGGAAGUGGAAGACAAAGCCGGCAUCGACGGUCUUGUAUCAGCACUGUCCACGCUAACCACCUCAGACACAACUCCUUCGAAUGUCAGCUUUGGUCGACGCCAUGGUCGUGGCCUAACCUUUAUUCCACGGUCUGUUCAUAGGGAAGAACGGACUAAGCCUUCGUCUGCACCAGAGCCAACGACUUAGUUGUGGCUUGUGGUUCCUCCUAGUCUGAGGUUUAAGAUGGUGAAGAAAAUUUUUGUAUUUCUCGGUAUUAAGUACUAACAUUGUUAACUACUGGGUCUUUUGAAGAAUGCAUUCAAACUAUUAUAAAUUCGGCCACUUAACAUUAUUAACU